AAUUUUUUUGACAUACUGCGUAACCUUUGACUUUUAACAGCUGAUUUAGUGAUUUUUGUUAUCGUUUUAUACCAAAAAUUCAGUUUAAUUAAAAAUGCAGGUAAUGUUAAGAUAUAUUUAAAGUUCCUAAACCCUGUAGUGCAACAUUUCAAGACUUUUUACACAAUUUACACUACAAAUUAGUCAAAAACAUGAAUUUACCGGAGUCGGAUAGUGAAGAUGAACUUCCUCCGGGCUGGGAAGAAAGAGUUACUGUAGAUGGAAGUGUUUUUUAUGCUAACCAUUUAACGAAAAAUACGCAAUGGACACAUCCUAGAACAGGAAAGAAAAAGAAGGUAUCUGGUGAACUACCUUUUGGUUGGCAAAGAUGUGUAGACACAAAUACUGGGAAAGUUAUAUACGUGGACCAUGAAAAUCGACGAACUACUUAUACAGAUCCAAGGUUGGCAUUUGCUGUUGAAGAAAAAGAACAUGUUAAUGAUUAUAGACAAAGAUUUGAUGCUUCGAGCACAGCUUUACAGGUGCUACAUGGUCGAGAUUUAACUGGAAAAACAGCUUUAAUUACAGGAUCAAAUGCCGGCAUUGGUUUUGAGACAGCCAAGUCUCUUGCCAAGCAUGGUUGCACUGUGAUAAUGGCUUGCAGGAAUUUGGCGGCAGCAGAAGAAGCAAUAAAUCAAAUAAAGGAAGAUAAACCUGCUGCUGGAGAUAACUGCAUAGCUAUAUAUUUGGAUCUUACCUCACUCUCUUCUGUGAUUCAAUUUGCAAAUACUGUAAAAAGCAAAUAUGACAGAAUAGAUAUGCUGAUAUUAAACGCCGGCGUUUUUGGGCUUCCAUUUAAUAAAACCCUUGAUGGGUUUGAAACUACUUUUCAAGUAAAUCAUUUGUCACAUUUUUACCUCACCAUUCUUCUUAGGCCUCUGCUGGUCAGUGGGUCUAGAAUUGUUGUAGUCGCUUCAGAAUCACACAGGUUUGCCAAUCUUACACUUGAAAAUCUAAGCCCGCUAACUUUAUCGCCAGAAUCUGCAAGCAAAUAUUGGGAUAUGGAGGCGUACAACAAUUCAAAAUUAUGCAACGUCUUGUUUGCUCGACAUUUAGCCAAAAGUUUACAAACCGUUGGUAUAUCGGUAUUCAGCUUACAUCCUGGAAACAUGAUUUCGACAAAGUUAGCUAGAAAUUGGUGGUUAUACAGGGUCUUGUUUGCUAUUGUAAGACCGUUUACGAAAAGUCUGCAACAGGCUGCCAGUACUACUGUGUAUUGCGCUACUGCCAUUGAAUUAGUUGGUGUCACAGGUGUUUACUUCAAUAACUGUUACCAAUGUCAAGAAAGUGCGGCAGCUAAGGACGAUGAACUAGCUAAAGCACUCUGGGACACGAGUGUCGACAUGAUUCGGAGCGUCUUGGGAAAUAAUGCACCGGGAUUAGAGUUUGAAAGCAAAAGGGGGUUAGAAGAGUGAUGGCACAUGUGUUGAAAAAAAAAAGAUGAUGUAUCAGCCAAUGUCCACACAGGGCAGUUUUCAGUAUUACAUAUCUGUUCUGUAAUCAUCUCGCUAUUGUUACAAUAAGAAUCAUCUAUAGGUGUAUUUCUGUCAUCGAUACAUUUCGCUGUUCUUCUCUGUAUACCUCCUCCACAAGUUUUGCUGCACUGUAAAAAAAAUAAUUUUAAUGAGAAUAUAGAGGGAACGACGCCACAUAAUUUAAAAGCGUUCAAAUAAUAAUUAUUAUAUUAUUUUUGAUCAAUGUUUCAAAAUUACAUCUUUCAUCGUAUAUGAGGAUUAAAUUAAAUAAGCAAUUGUCAUUGUUUUACCAAGAAAAAAGACAGAUUGCAUAAAGACUUUAGCCUUAAAUGAAUAAAGGUGCAAUAACUUCAAAAUCUAUUGCAUUCAAAAAAAAGUAUUAAUGAAGUAUUUGAUUCCAAUAUGCCAGAACUUUUUACAUAAAAAAAUAUGUAUUAUAAUGUGAUUGAUGUAGACCUAAUUUCUAAGUUGACUUAGUUAAUUUUUUUUGUUAUAAUAGAAAAUAAUAAAAUCAUUUGAUCACAAAAUAACCAUAACGUUAUUUGCAGAUGAAACAGCUACUAUACUAUCAUGUUUUAUCAUUUACUUUUGAAAUAAAAGUGGUUUUAAAAUAAAACUUGAAUACAAUGAAAAAGUACUCUAUCCACAGGCUGUAACAAAAAGGUAAAUGAUACCAGUUAUUCUGGAAUCAAAACUAGGACAGUUAGAUCCAUUCCCUAUGUGCAUACAAAAAAUAGCCUUUUGAAAAGUUACAAAUUAAAAAUAGAUUUGUUCCAAUGACUCGGAAACUCUUAAAUAUUUUUUCAUAAAAAUAGACAUAGACUUAAAGUAAGGACAACUUUUCAAGAAAAAAUUACGAAAACACCGCACCCCACCCCCAUAAAAUUUUUAUGUGAGUUUUGAUUCCCUAGUUCCCAAACUUUUAAAUAUCACAAAAAUAGGUUAUUCUUGUGCUACCGUUAGUUUAAUGCAUCCAUUUUGAAACUUUUUUUAGCCCUAAGUACUUUUUCGAAAAAUCAAUGUGUUUCGAGUUACAACUCUUACAAAAAAUUGGCGCCUACAUAAAUAUUUUUAUAGUUUGUAAUUUUAAUAAUUAAAUUUGUGGAUAAGUUUGAUCUAAACGACCUUUUUGUUACAUCCUGUUUAUUGUACUAUUUAAAAACGAGGCGUUCAAUGUUCCCAAAUUUUGACUUCCUGAAAAUCUGAGCCACAAGGAAAUACAUAUAAUUUCUUCAAAUUAAUGUGGUUUUAAAAACAAAACAAAAAAUCACUCUAGUAUAAUUCUUCCUAAGAUUAAGAUUUAUGAUUAGUGAUCGGUAAGAUUUAAGAAAUUUUAAAACAAAUCUUGAGAACACCAAUUUUUUGAAUUUAGAAGUUUAUUAAGAGAUUCAUCUUAAACUGACCAAUACUAUUUUUCCUAUAGAGAAAAAUGUAAACACUUGAACUCUAAUUCUACAAAUUUAAUUUAUAUCAUAAAAUGACGUUUUUGAUAAAUUCGCCCAAAAGUAUUUUUCAUAAAGCUAACUGCAACAUCGAAGUAUUUUAAAAUAAUUCGCUCAAAUAAUUUUAAAAUUAUAGGUUACAAAAAAUGAUAAUAGGAUCUAUAUGCGACCAAGACAAAAUCCAUUUUUAUUGUGUAGAUCAUUCAAUUUGGGCAAAUUUUCCAAAAAUCUGUAUAUCUACUAACUAGUAAGGGUACAAGUUACAGACUGAUAUUAAAACAAAACACCAAUAUGUCUAUUUAAUGCUAAUACUAAUUGUCAAAAUGUUGUAAUUGAUAGAGCAAAAUGUUUAUGUCGAAACGAUUUAAAGUAUAUAUUGAUGUCAAACAA